UCGAACGUAACCGUUUUUUAAUCUCCGGAUCCUUCACGCGAAUUUGCACUCCCUCUCCCUCUUCCUCUUGACUCUUCAAUUUUUGCCUUCUCCCAAUCCUCAAUCAUCACCAACAAAAGCUCCACACGCAUACCAUGACCCUUUCUUCAACCGCCACCACCCUCAUUCCCACUUAAUGCAUCCCUUCUGCUGUGUCUCCGUAGUCUCCGACCACUCCUCUCCGAUCACCCUCGACAUGCCCCCUAUCCCCGCCGCACCCAGAUCCGACCCUGCUCACCGAACUGGACAAGCCCUCCACUCCCUCACCAACGGCGGUGAAGGCGGCCGUGCACACCCCUUGCCGGUUCCCACCGCUGUGGACGUCAGGAUCAAAGACCUCGUCGGGAACGGAAUCUCCGGGAUUCUGCACAAGUGGGUGAACUAUGGCAAAGGAUGGAGAACGCGCUGGUUCGUGCUUCAAGAUGGCGUCCUUUCCUAUUACAAGAUUCAUGGACCCGACAAGAUCAUCGUAAACUCCGAAACCGAGAAGGGAUCGAAGGUCAUUGGCGAGGAAUCCGCGCGACUGAUCUCUCGCAACCGCAAUUCGAAUCAUGUCGAUCGUCGCCGAAAGCCCGUCGGUGAAAUCCAUCUCAAGGUUUCGACUAUACGUGAGAGCAGGUCCGAUGACAAGCGAUUCUCUGUUUUCACUGGGACUAAGAGACUCCAUUUGAGGGCCGAGACUCCUUAUGAUCGGGUGGCAUGGAUGGAGGCCUUGCAGGCAGUGAAAGAUAUGUUUCCCCGGAUAUCGAAUAGUGAGUUGAUGGCUCCAGUAGACAAUGUGGCUGUUUCGACAGAGAAACUCAGGCUUCGACUUAUGGAGGAUGGAGUGAGUGAGGAAGCCAUUCGGGACAGUGAACAGAUAAUGAGAAAUGAGUAUGCCACACUCCAAAACCAGCUUCUGCUGCUUAAACAAAAGCAGGUGGCUCUAAUCGACACUCUGCGGCAAUUAGAGACAGAAAAGGUGGAUCUGGAGAAUACUGUGGUUGAUGAAAGCCAAAGACAGUUGAAUGAUCAAGAGGUUUCCUCUAGAUUAGGGCAGGAAAAAUCUAGUGAAGAAAGUGGAACUGAGUCUGAGGAUGAUAAUGAGAGAAAUGAUGCAGCUGAGGAAGAAACAGAUGAUGAAGACACUACCUUUUUUGACACUCGAGAUUUUCUGUCAUCUUCGAAUUCUUUUAAAAGUAAUGCUUCUGAUAUUAGGGUCUCGUCUUUCUCUUCAGACGAUGAAGGACUCUAUGCUGUUGAAUCAGAGGAGGAUGUAGAUCCUUCCAUUAGAUCUGUUGGAUUCAACUAUCCUUACGUUAAGCGGCGAAAGAAAUUACCUGAUCCUGUUGAAAAGGAGAAAGGUGUCAGCCUUUGGUCAAUGAUUAAGGAUAAUAUUGGGAAGGAUCUGACAAAAGUUUGCCUUCCUGUUUAUUUUAAUGAGCCUCUCUCCUCUUUGCAAAAAUGCUGUGAAGAAAUGGAAUACUCAUAUCUUCUAGACCGAGCAUAUGAAUGGGGAAGAAGGGGUAAUAGCCUCAUGAGAAUUCUCAAUGUUGCUGCUUUUGCUGUAUCUGCCUAUGCUUCGACUGAAGGAAGAAUCUGUAAACCAUUUAACCCAUUACUAGGGGAAACAUAUGAGGCUGACUUUCCAGAUAAAGGCUUUCGAUUUUUCUCAGAAAAGGUCAGUCAUCACCCAAUGAUAGUUGCAUGUCACUGUGAGGGUACAGGUUGGAAAUUUUGUGGAGAUAGCAACUUAAAGAGCAAAUUUUGGGGUCGGUCAAUUCAGCUUGAUCCGGUUGGCUUUUUGACUUUGGAAUUUGACGAUGGUGAAGUAUUCCAGUGGAGUAAGGUUACUACAUCAAUAUACAAUCUUAUAUUGGGAAAGCUGUAUUGUGAUCAUUAUGGUACAAUGCGGAUACAGGGAAAUCAAGAUUACUCAUGUAAACUGAAAUUCAAGGAACAGUCUAUAAUUGAUCGAAACCCUCACCAGGUUCAUGGUAUUGUUCAGGACAGAAAUGGGAAAAUAUUGUCUACUUUGCUCGGAAAAUGGGAUGACAGCAUGUAUUAUAUAAAUGGAGACUAUAGUGGGAAGGGAAAAGGUUAUGAAUCAAUGUCAGAUGCCCAUUUACUAUGGAAGCGGAGCAAGCCGCCCAAGUUCCCCACUAGAUACAACUUCACUCGGUUUGCCAUCACAUUAAAUGAACUUACCCCUGGAUUAAAGGAUAAGCUGCCACCAACUGAUUCCAGGUUAAGACCUGACCAAAGGCAUUUGGAAAAUGGAGAGUAUGAGAUGGCAAAUUCAGAAAAAUUGCGACUUGAACAGCGUCAACGUCAGGCUCGGAAAAUGCAAGAGAGCGGUUGGGAACCACGGUGGUUUGGUAAGGAUAAACAGAGCGGUUCCUACCGCUACUUGGGAGGGUAUUGGGAGGCUCGAGAACAAGGAAAUUGGAACUCAUGUCCUGACAUUUUUGGUCAAAUUCCUUCUGAUCAUCUCUUGGACGAAGAUCGCAGUUAAAGUUCCUCAUGAAAUUCAUCAUAGUCAAUCAUUAAAAAUAUGAGCAGGUAAUAAUGUAAUUGUUUCUAAUUUCUAGCCUCAGUCAUCUUAUAUCCUCAUGAUUUUUAUUGUUAAUAUCAGUAUUAGGAAUAAGUUAUGAAAUUUUUUUCAUGUUAGGUUCGCAUACUUUUUUUUUUCAGUAAAAUUAUAUUAUAUAUUUAUAAACGAGGUAUUCAGGAUGUUUCAUCUCAUAUAUUACAUAUACAUAAUAUACAACAGUCACAUUCUUGAAAAAUCUGUCAGUGCCCAUUUUCCACCCAAACCAGAUUAAGUUUUAUAAUUAUAUCAUGUCUCUCUGUUUACAAAACCCUAACCCCAGCAGUUUCCUAUACUUGUUAUCGGAAUUUUAGUUGAUACAAAUAUCUUUGGUAAACCACUCUUACGUUCAAGUGGUAGUAAAUUUGUAUAUUUUAACUAAUAAAUAACAAAUAGUUUUAUCAAAUUAAAUUAGGUUUGUUAAACAUUAUUCAUUCUUUGUAAUUCGUGUCUUUAAUGUCUUUCUGGAUUAUACAUUUAAUUAUUAUUCUAGUGUUUGAUACUCUUAUUCAUUAUACCAAAAGUAUAAUUGAUCGCACAAUAGAACUUACCAUAUAUGGAAGUCAUAGAAGUGCUUCAUUUUUCAUACUUCAUUCUUUGGGAUGUAUUUGUAAGGGGAAUUAAUAAAAGGAGCUUGAGAUAUUUUUUUAAUAUACUUUCAACAUAUGGUUGGUGUUAUUAUUUCUUAUUAUUAAUGGAGGUUUGGGUAAAUAUAAUCCUAACUUGAGCAUGCAGGAAAGAACAAAGAAAGCUCUUUGAAAUAAAUGACAGUAACAUUACUGUGUUGUGGAGAUUCUUAUUGACUCUUCUUUUCAGUCUUGUACCGAAUUCUGCUUCUGAUUAUAAAGG